CCGCCCCCGCGGGCGGAGCCGGGUCCGGUCGACAAGAUGGCGGCGGGCCUGAGGGCGGUGAGGCGCUGGGGGCUGGCGGCGGCAGCACCACCCCGCCUUGCUUUUACUCGUUCUGCGUUUGUUGUGAAAAAAGCGAAUAAUGCCCAACCAAACUGGCUGGGAGUUGGCUUGGCGUUUGGCACCAGUGCUGCCUUGUGGGCUUUUCUUGUCAAGCAGCACAAUGACGAUGUGAUGGAAUAUGAGAGAAGAAAACAAGCAAGAGGACAUAAGUGUACAGAAUGUUCAUAGCUGAUGACAUGGUCACAAGGAGAUGUGCUCUACAGGACAAGGCGAAUGUGGUCAUUGUCCUACAAAAAAUGAGCACGGAAGAAGUAAAAAGUUAUCUAAUUACUUGUAUGUUCAUACAUUUCAUGUGCAUAAUUAAAAAUAAAUUAUAAAGUCUGCAAGAAACCUGA